AUGGAGGGGAUGACUAAAGAGGAAAGUUACGCUGAGCGACGACAGUUAUUCAAAGAUAUAUGGAUCACAGCGUCCAAUAUGGAUUUAAAAGACAACGAAAUCACGAACAAGCCAAGAGUCAUCAAAACCCUCCGCCUUGACGAUUUAGAUAGAUCUAUUGCUGGCAAAAAGAAAAAGGAACGCAUUAAAAACUUGCGAACAGUUUGCAAUAAAAUUUUAGAAUUUUGCGAUCGACAAGACGCCGACGACAUACUUUAUCAUCAGGCGGUUGAAGACGAUCACUCACCAUGCUCGAAAGAAAUCGAUAGAAAAUCGCGGAAAAACAAAUUAUUGAGAAGAAAGCGUAAAAUUAAAACUCAGCGACAACUUUCGCCACCAGCUGAUACCUUGAACUGUGAAAAAAAAUUAAUUCAUUCUAAUAAAAAAUCAAGAUAUACUUCUCCUAUAAAAAAUCCUGCUGUAGAAAAAAACAACAUACAUCUGAGUAGAAAAGUAUAA